AUGAGCUCAGAGGAACAGCCGCAGAGGGCAGAGGAGACUCCGGCGCCAGAGGAGGAGGCCCUUCCCACCGCGGAGACCGGCGAAGGCGAGCCGAAAGAAGAGAAGGACGCCACCGAAGCGGCCUCUGAGGCGGCGGAAGCGGCGGCGGAGGAGGAGGCGCCUGCGUCCGUGCAACCUUCUCAGUCGUCGUCCUCAGUCGGCAAGGGAGCUGCGGAGGAGGGGAAAAACGGGGAGAACAACGAUGGUACGGCGCAGGAGGAGGCAGCGAACGAGCCUCCAGCGGCCGAGGCGCCCAAGGCGGAGCCCGUUGCCCCUGCGGACGACAGAUCCGCCGAGGCCACUUGGACGCCCCCAGCGGAGCGGAAGGCCUCGUUAGUCGUCGCGACGGAGAAGCGCCUCGGCUCGGUGGCUUCUGUGUCGCGCAAAAGCAUCCCCAGCUUUUCGUCGAGAGGCGCCAGUUCGCUGAACGCCCUCCCCUCGCGCAUGGCUUCCAGCGCGGCUGCCUUGAGAGCGAAGGAAGGCGAAAAAGGCAGCGAGAGACGAGAUUUACAAGUCGCCGGAAAAUCCGCGCCUCUCAGCGCGGCGAAUGUGAAAGGCAGCCUCUGGCAGCAAGUCCUCGCCGACGCGCGGCCCGUGAAAACUGCAGACAAACCCGACUCGUACAUCCUCAUGCUAGGCGCCUGCGACGCGGGCAAAAGCACACUGCUGCGGCAUCUGCAGGCCCUGGGGAGCAUCCGUCCGUUGUCGCGCGUGGAGACCUACAGCAACACUGGCGGCGUGUCGCUUCUCGACUACGCGUACCUCGGUCAGCGGUGCCUCGACGACGAAGAAGACAUCGCCACUGUCGAUGCGCAAUCCUACGCGAACGUUUACAUCAUCCAGAACCCAGAAAUGGCGGAACGGAUUGCGGGGAUGCUGCCGGCCUCAGCGAUCUCGCACCUCUGUUUUUUGAUCUGCCUCGACAUGCGCCAGGCGUGGUCUGCGAUGGACGAGUUGCAGAAGUGGCUCAGAGUCGCCGAGCAAAUCACGAAUUCGCUGCUUUCGCAGCAGGACUUGCAGACUCAAGACAAACUCAAAAGCGACAUGCAGAGAUACUUGGCGAACUACCGCCGGAACGCCCUUAACACGGGCGUGACCCGCGCGGCCACGGCGCUCCUCGACCUCCAGCAGUUUGGCAGCUCAGCCGCCAUCGGCAACGACGAGGCGCAGAAACUCCUCGAGGUCGUGCCCAAAGCUGACGGCGCGGCGGAGGACAACGCCGCCUCCUUCCCUGUCCCCGUGGUGGUCGCGGUGACGCGCUCUGAUGCAUACCAGCAGAUGAAUACGCGUCAGAGCAUGGGUCAGAUCGACAUCAUGAUGGCGUACCUGCGACGCGAGUGCCUCAAAUUCAACGCCGCCCUCUUCUCCUGCAACGCCCGAGACGAAAAGAACCCGAAGAAUCUGUUUUUGCUCUACCGCUACUUGAUGCAUCGCCUCUGUCGCUGCUUCUUCAGAGCGACGCCGGCGACGGAUGACCCCGAGGCGUUUUUCAUGCCGGCGGGCUGCGACACGACGGACGACAUCGAGCGAGCGAUGGCGAAGACGGUCGCAGAGACUUUCGAGAAACCGUACGAGGCGUGGAUUACUCGGAGCACGGAAUCAAAGAAGCUCGAUGACACGGGGAACACCACAGUCCCGAUUCAGACGAUGCAAGAAUUCCUGCGGCUGAUGGAAGAGCAGUACCCGACCGCCGCCGUCGCCGCGAAACCGCUCGGCGAGCGGCGCCUCUCUCUCCUCCUCAACGGCCAGGGCAGCAUGACCUCGAGCUUCGGGCGUUCCGAGUCUGGUCGGCGCAGCGUCGGCUCGAUUUCGCGGCCCAUGAUUUCGAUUCAGCCUUCGACGACCAUGUCGCGGUCAGAGGUUCACUCGAAGGCCACUGUCCCCAGCCUGAAUUUGAGCGGCGACGCCUCGGUCGACAAGGCGCGCUCGCGGCCAGAAGUCCCUCGCAUGCGCUCCGGGGCACCCGGGAAGCCUGGCUCAAUCGCGCCCGCCGGCAGCGCAAACUUGACGCCCCACGAUGGCAGCGGCGCCGCAGAGUCAGCCUCGCUGCAGAACUUCUUCCAGGGGCUUCUCGCGCGCAGCAAGACGAAGGCUCCCGCGACGCCUCGCGGGCGUGCGCGGCCGAAGGCGGCCGCGGAGGGGGCGAAAAAAAAGCUGGCGAUGCGUAGGCGAGUGCCUCAGGGGAGUCUGCUUGGCGCACUAGCGCAAAAUAUGAGCUUUUGGAGGCCUCGCGCCGCGGCGACGGAGAAGUUACGCGAGUGUGACGAUGCGGCGAGAGAGCAUAAGUCUCUUUGCUGGGCCUCGCCCGGUCUCCAAAAGGAGGACGGAUAG